ACUCGGCCCCCCUAGAAGCCCGGCCGAGGCCUCCACUCGACACAGCCCAACUCACGCCGCCGCCUUCAAAGCUCGCCAGCCUCCUCCUCCUCCCUCCUCAUCGACCUCCUCAUCACCCUCACGCGUCUCUCGCGUCUCCUCUCGUCCGUCACAAGGCAACGCACGACCCCCCCCCCCAAGCUCACGCCCUCGCUUUGACGGCCACUGUUGACCGCUGCGGCCUGUAGUUUUACCGGUCUCGGAUAGAAUCCUCAGCCGGGGUUACCCCACCCUCGGCCCGCCUUCGCGCUCCGCCGCGGCCGGGGCCGCAUGAGCGCUUCGGGGUCUCCGCACGUGGCGUUCGAGGUUCCCGUGGAGGUGGCGGCCGCUGCGGCCACGUCGGCGGCGGGGAUGCUGCGUAACGAGAGGCUGCGGCUCGGGGUGUGCUUCGUGGGAGUGUUCGUCUGCUACUUCUACUACGGCAUCCUGCAGGAGAGCAUCACGCGAGGACAGUACGGCUCGGGAGAUGUGGAGGAGCGCUUCCGGUUCGCCAUGUCGCUCGUCUUCGUGCAGUGCGUGAUCAGCGCGCUCUUCGCCAAGCUCGUGAUGAAGUACGUGACGAAGCCGGCGCCCGACCGCACGGCGGGCUGGCUGUCCGCGGCCUGCGCCGUCUCCUACCUCGGCGCCAUGGUCUCCAGCAACUCGGCGCUGCAGUACGUCAACUACCCCACGCAGGUGCUGGGCAAGUCCUGCAAGCCUAUCCCAGUGAUGAUCCUGGGGGUGCUGCUGGCGCGCAAGCGGUACCCGCUCAUCAAGUACCUGUGCGUGCUGCUCAUCGUCGUCGGCGUCGCCAUGUUCCUCUACAAGGGGAAGGGCGGCGCCAAGGGUGGCGGCGGGGGCGGCCCUGAGCAGGGCUACCUGGGCUACGGCGAAAUUCUGCUGUUGGUGUCCCUGACGCUGGACGGGCUGACGGGCGUCACCCAGGACAAGAUGAAGUCUCGCCACCAGACGGGGUCGCACCACAUGAUGCUCAACGUGAACCUGUGGUCGUCGCUGCUGCUGGGAGUGGGCGUGCUGGCGACGGGGGAGAUCUUCGAGUUUGUGAGCUUCACUGAGCGAUACCCGGCCAUCCUCUACAAAAUCCUGCUCUUCAGCAUCACCAGCGCCCUCGGACAGAAUUUCAUCUUCAUGACGGUGGUGUCGUUCGGGCCGCUCACGUGCUCCAUCAUCACGACGACGCGAAAGUUCUUCACCAUCCUCGCCUCCGUGCUGCUCUUCUCCAACCCCAUGUCCAGCUUCCAGUGGGCGGGAACCGUCCUCGUAUUCAUGGGCCUCGGCAUGGACUCGUUAUACGGAAAGGUCCCCAAGAAAGUUUGAGGCCACCGACAGCGCAAGCCAUCGAGCACGGCUCUCUGCUGGGACCAAGUCUCACCCCUGCUCCUGCUGAUCUGCACGCCCCCCCCUCAACCCCUCAACCUGCGCCUCUUAUCUCUCCUUUGCACUCCUCCGUCAACUGCGCCCCGCUCUCUAAUUACAUGCCUUGUUUUAUCCCAGCAAAGCCUCGGCACUCAUAUUUUAUUUAUUUUUUUGCGUACGAGAAGGGACCCUCUUGCCAUACUGGGAUGUUUGGACAAUUCCGUUUGGCUUCGUGCGGUCAGAACGAAACCGGUGGACAACCCCGGAGAAAACCUCGCACCCGUCCCAAGAGGGGUGGGUCAAGGGUGACACUUGGCGUCACGUGCAGAUAAAACUGAAGGAUCCGUUGGUGCCAUCUCGUGGUCGCUGCCUCGCAGCCCGAGUCUACACCACGUGGUAUCCCCAGGCAGUUUCCCAUCCACACACUCGCCAGGCUCAAGUCUGCUUAGCUUCUAAGUUGCCCUCCUUGACACUUAGUGCCUAUACCGGUCGACCGCUUACUCCUCUGCUGGCUCGUCUCCACUGACCACCGUCAAUGCCGCUCUCUCCCGAUCCCCGCUCCAUCCACCUUACCCUUCCACCCGUUACUUACCCCCACACAACAACCCUUCAAAGUUUCUCUUUCCCAACCAGUUUAUUUCACUAUUUAUUUGUUUCCCUAUUUCACAUCAACCCUGUCGUCCUCGCUGGGCGUUCCUGCGCGAGGUGGAAACGGCGACUUGGUGAAGCCGGUGGGGGACGUUGGCGCCCCCCUCUCUCCCCGGCGUCCCUCCGACCAAGCGGCGGUGCGGCACGCACGUAAGGAGGCACGCGGAGAGAACCACCGCGCAAGUCUCUCUCUCUCUCGCGCGCGUGCCGUCCAACGGACUCCACCAACGGAGCACUUUCGUCUGGGGUGGGGGGAGGCUGGGGGGAAAAGGAAUCACUUUCUCCAUCGGACUGACUUUAUUUAAAAAUACCGUCAAGUAAUUUUAAUAUUGCCGCGUGGCGGGUGUCUUGAGUUUUUGUUUUUAAUUGUCGUUGCGUGCGUGUAAAAUGAUCGUACGGGCGUCGCUACUCCGGAGACUUUUGCGCGCGCUUUGAUAAUCAUGAAGAUGAUCGUUUCCCAUCACUUGGUUCCCUUUAUGCUAGGAGCACCGAACAUCUCAUCUCGAUGCACUUGAAAAGGGAUUUCAUCUGCAGGAAAGGGGUAGUACAAAACAAUUAUGGAUUCUUGCCAGCGAGGCCCCAGGCAGAUCUUCACCGUUCACCAGCAGAUGACCUGUCGUCUCGUGGUUAAUACGCCUGCAGGAUUAACCAGGGCGGCCACACCACUUGAACUGUGAACCUCCUAACUAGCAGCAGCUACUGCUGGCCUGUGUGUGGCAGCUGAGACCGGCACAGCUUUGCAUCUCGUGCCCCCCUCCAAGCCACCUGUGGGCCAGUUGGAUUGAAACAUUUGAUGUGGAACUUCCCCCUUUGUUCGUGGUGCGAUUCCAAGCGAUCAAAGGAAAAGCCUCACGGGAAGCACUGCCAGCCCUCUGCAGCUGCCCAAUCACUGUUAGGCCCUGGUCAAGAGGUGGGAGAAAAUUAUAGCUGAGAGCCAGAGACUGUGAACGAGUGCUUUUGUUGUCCAUUGUGAAAUAAACCCCCCCCCCUCCUCCCAUUAUCACUUUCUCCCUGCUGGUGGCGCGUGUACAUUUCUGCGCGCGGCGCUUUCGCGUUCAUGGUGGAGUGGGUGAUUUUACUGGUAGGAACGAAGUGAACCAGCCUACAAUAGAUUAUAUCGUCCGUCCGAUGUCCGAUUAGAUGUAGCAACAUCGCCCCCUACUGCAAACACUUGGCAGGACCCUACAAAAAACCUUUAGACUUAGUGAGGCUGUCCUGGCUAAACAAGUGUAACAUUCCCUUAUAAUUCCCUCAGAUAGGUUUUAAUUAAAUGUUCGUAUCGUCCGAUUAGGUGUAGCAACAUCGCCCCCUACUGCAAACACUUGGUAGGACCCUACAAAAACCUUUCGACUCUGAGGCUUUCCUGGCUAAAUAAGUGUAAUAAUACAUUAUUUAUAUUCUUUGGUUAUUCGUUCCUACCAGCCCACCCCGCAGGGACCUGUUUGCAAGUGCGCCACCUGCUGGUGCAGUUUGACACGUGGUAGGCUUUUGAGACGAAUAUUCAUAAUGAAGGUUGUUGGGUUACAGUGUGUAAGUAUAAAUGUUCGUCUGCCACCAACCAAAACAGCCAACCAGUAAGGUUUGUCAUGCAAACAAAACGUGCCAAUUAGUUUAUGGUUUAGACGACCGCUGUAUUGGAGAGUAAAUCCACAACAUUAAGCGUUUCGUUAUGACGUUUCGCUGGUAAUUGCAUCCAGCAUCAUGGGUCAAUGUACUUACCAGCGAAACGUCACAGGUACUCAAUUGUAAAUGUGGAUUUUACUCUCCCACACACCAGUGAGCUGAACUAGUAACUAAUUGGCUGUGUCGGGUGGUGGUGGGUGACCUAACCCUAAAAAAACCCUUUAUGAAUCACAAGUGUUUAGCUUUACAUUCAAAUUGCUAUGGUGGCUUCCUGGAAUUUCUCCUGCCUGGUUUGAGAAGGCAGCAUCUUUAGGCAAGAGGGGAGGGGUGGGGGGCCUCUUUGCUGGGUGUGUUAAGAGGAUACUCGAGAAAUCCACUCUGUCACUGCGUGCAACUCCCUCUGCACCACAGAGGCGACAGUUUAACACAAUUUCGUAAUUUUAAUGAAACUUUUGCGCAACAUUUUUCCGAUACAAAGUUACAUGCAAUGAAGACGCACACGUUCAACUUCAGAUUUAGUUCAUAGUCUUGGUACAAAGGGAAAACAUCACUCGACAGUUUUUUUUUUUAAAUCCCCAAAACGGCCCAAAAGUUCACCUCCAGUGCGCUCACCUCCGUAAGAAAGAACCCACCACCCCUCUGGUUCUAUCCAACAAAUGAACACUCGGACACAAUAUUUUCCACUCCCGAUUUGGGAAAGAAUAAAAAGCCAGCGAUUCCCUGCUCCCAAUGAGUAACGUUAGAGGGCAUUGGUGCAAAAAAAAAGAUCUGCUUCACAGCUCUGCAGAAGCCAGUGGUGGACAUUCCACCUGACUAUGACGGGGCCGGAUUGACAGGCGGCCACAGAGGGAGGGAGAGAAGAGCCUGUGACAACUGGAGUUUGAAAAGCAACGACUUAAGAAAAUAUCAUUCGCAAUUCCCAGCCCUGGUGGGCCAUAAAUUCAUAGUUGAGACGCCCCCCACCCACCCACCAGUUGAAAAAGGGAUUCAUUCAUUCAUUCCGUCGCAUUGUAAACUUGUACGUGUAUUUUCCAGGAACGCCAACGAAUGCACAUUUGUGGGGAGCGUACGCACGCUCACGCACGCUCACACAAGCAACCAACGUGCAUGGGUGCCGAAACAGAAUUAUUCGCGAGCACCCGUUGAUGUUAACCAUGGCGGAGGAAGUAACACCUUUUCUUCAGAAGUUCCAACAAGGGGUCGCGCACCAAAGACGUCAACAUUGAACGAUUAGAUGCAUGCUAUGUUCUUAAUUAAAAUCAAGAAUCAUAACCCAAGAUGUCUAAAACUAAAAGGAAAGUAAAGAGUUGGGCCUUGUGGAAUUGUAAGACCGUUGAGGUUAUUGUAGUGGGUUAAGGUAAUAUCGUUGAGGCGUAACAAUGCAACUCUUCUCGGCUCACAAUGAAUUCCCACCAUCCGUCGAAUCGAUUUACUUCGUGGUGGCGAAUGCAAGCGUUCUUGUAGCAGCUGGUGCAACAUGACCCCACAGCCACACAACAUGACCCCACAGACACACAACAUGA